AUGUCGAAGCAGAAGAAAACUCAGGGCCGGAGAAAGAUAGACAUGAAGAAAAUAGACGACCGGAAUAGCCUUCAAGUGACGUUUUCGAAACGAAGAACAGGUCUUUUCAAGAAAGCCAGCGAGCUUUGUGUUUUAACUGGUGCUGAAACAGCUCUGAUUGUUGAGUCUCCUGGAGGACGAGUUUUCGCUUUCGGACAUCCGAAUGUAGACUCUGUUGUUGAUUCCUAUCUUGGAGGAAGUUCGGUGAAGUCACCCGAAAAUGCUUUGAUAAACCGAGAUGAGGUCAAAUUUACGCGCAUGAAUGAUAAGUUUAAUCAAGAGUAUCUAGAGAUUUCGAAGAAGUUGGAAGAUGAGAAGGCUAAGAAAGUCGAUGAUGAUGUGGAGGGUGGUCCUUUUUGGUGGGAACAACCUUUUGACGAGUUUGAGUUGGGAGAGCUCGAGAAGUAUAUAGAGUCCAUGGAAGCGCUGAAGAAUAAUGUAAUCCAAAGGGCUAAAGAGAUGGAGAUGAUUAGGAAUUCUUCGAUGUUCAAUGCUAACCAAAGCUUGAAAAACGAGGGAUUCGAUACCCUUUUGGUUAAUAAGAACGCAGGUCAUUAUGAAUAUGGGGAUGAACAUAUGCUCCCUUGCCCUCCAGGAUUUAAUAUCAGGUCUGGCCUCAACUGA